AUGAAUAGCCAGCCGGUGAAUCCAGACGCAACGUCUUUAUGGAUGGGAGAAAUCGAACCAUGGAUGGACGAGACUCAAAUCGCAAAUCUUUUCGCACAUGUAGCCAAGGUUAUGAGUGUUAAGAUUAUUAAAAACAAAAUGACUGGACUCCCAGCAGGGUAUGGAUUUGUCGAAUUUGAAAGUAAUGAAGUGGCCAGAAAGGUCAAGGACCAACUCAAUGGAACUCCAAUUCCAGAACUAAAUAAGACUUUUAGAUUAAAUUGGGCAACACAAUCAACAGGUUUACCCAGGACCUUAACUCAAAACACUCCAUCAAUGGGACCUGCCCCCUCUGUAGGUGGUGGAGAUAAUUCAGGAGAUUUUUCAGUCUAUGUAGGAGAUUUGGAUCCAAAUGUAACUGAUUCUAUUUUAUUAGAACAUUUUUCAAACAGUUAUAAAUCAAUUCUAAGUGCUAACGUAAUAGUGGAUUCAAUCACAAAAAGAAGCAAGAAGUUUGGAUUUGUUAGAUUCAGUAGCCAAGAAGAAUCCCAAAGAGCAAUUGCUGAGAUGAAUGGUCAAUACCUUUUGACUAGACCAAUGAAGCUAAAUGUAGGAUAUAAAAAGAGUACUCAGCAAUCUCAGCCUUCUUCAUACGGAGGUGGAAAUGGAGGAGCAGGACCAAGCUCUUAUGGAGGAGGUUACGGUCAUGCUCCCCCUCCUUCUUAUCCUCCAGCUUACCCUCAAUAUAAUGAUCCAUAUGGUUCUAAUAAUCAAAGUUAUGGAUAUGGAAGCUAUCCUUAUAAUAAUUCUGAUCCUUAUGGAAGCUCUUCUCAAUAUGGAUACGGAAGUUAUGGCUAUGGACAACCCUCUACUGGAAGCAAUUAUUAUGGAAGUAGUUCUGGUGGUUAUCCCCCAGCUCCAAGUGGAAGCUAUGACUAUGGACAGACAUCAGGAUCUUAUCCUCAGUACCCUGCAAGCAAUGGUUAUGGAGAUACAUCUACCUCAGGGUAUCCUCCAAAGGCCUCCCAGAGCAGCUAUGGGGCUGAUACUAGUACUGGAUACCAAUCUUAUUAUAACAAUUAUCCUCAAACUUCAAGCUAUGAUUACGGGAUCAACUCAGCUCAGGCUCCACCUGUAGAAGAAACUCCUCCUUCAGCUCCUAUCCAGGCUUCCAAGGAGAUUGACUACGAUCUUGGAGAGGAAGAAAUGGGCCGCAUAUUCGAUGACGAAAAGACAUCUUCCGCGAAUGAAGAAUACUUCAAUCACUUGGUGGAAAGCAAAGGUACUGUAGACCUCCUAUUUUAAUUCAAGAAUCUUUCCAGAAAA